AUGGCUAAUUCUCUCUUGGUAUACCUUUUCGCUUGCUGCGGCAUUUUCUUAGUCUUGGCCAAUGCACAAGCGCCAGCAGCUUCUCCGUCUAAUACUCCAAGUGCAACCGCCCCAGUUGCAACAACACAGCCACCGGUGACAGCAGUGACCCCAGCUAGUCCUGUAUCACCUUCAUCAUCACCUAAAGCAGCACCGGCCUCGAGCCCUAUCACACCACCACCACAACCUCCACAAAGUUCACCUCUUCCCAGUCCAACUCAACCACCAUCCGUUGUCUCACCGGCAUUAUCACCUGCUGCACCUCCACCGACUGUGACUCCUCCCACAACACCUCCUCCAGCACCAGCCCCAACUGCAGCAGUGCCAGCUCCGGCACCGACAAAAGAAGCUCCUGUACCAGCACCGGUUCCUCCACCUGAGGCCCCACCAACACCAGCCCCGGCACCGGCAGUCAAAUCACCUGCCCCAGCACCGGCUGUCACAUCACCAGCCCCAGCACCUGAAUCAGGACCUUCACCUGCACCAGCUCCACAUAAACACAAGCAGAAGAAGAAGAAGCACAAGAAGCAUCAUGCACCAGCACCAGCACCCUUACCCCCAAGCCCUCCUGCACCACCUACACCACCAGCUGAGGAAGCACCAGCACCGUCACCCACUCUUGAUUUGGUAACGGUCAUAAUGCUGAUAAUGAGUUAUCUUCUAUUUCAAAACAGAUAG